GAUAUACUAGAACUGAAUCCCAACCAAAGGAACGCCAUACUGAAUACUGACCAGCUAUGGACAUCUCCAGUUCCCUACGUUUUCGACAACAGUCUAGACAUGAACGCCAAAGGAGUUAUCCUACGAGCGUUUGAGCAGUUCAGACUGAAGACAUGCAUUGACUUCAAGCCAAGGACCUCUGAGCUGUAUUACAUAACUGUUCAGAAGUUAGGCGGAUGUUUCUCGUAUUUAGGUAGAGUAAUCGCCAACGGACAAGUGUUAUCUAUUGGAAAUGGUUGUGACGAUAUGUCAGUAGUGGAGCAUGAGUUCAUGCACGCGCUUGGCUUCUAUCAUGAGCAAGCCAGAUAUGACAGAGAUGAUUACGUGCGGAUUGUCUGGGAAAACAUAUUAAAAGGUUACGAAAGGAAUUUUGCCAAAUCAACGGUCAAUGACACCACCAACCUAGAUACUCUAUAUGACUACAACUCAGUGAUGCACUAUGGCAAAGAUUUCUUUACCAACGGCAACGGAUCCACCAUCAUCACUCUUCAGUCCGAGUUCCAGGAUGUGAUUGGCCAACGCCUGGAAAUGAGCCCCAACGACGUCCUGAAGAUAAACAGACUCUACAGCUGCAAUAAAAGUGUUGCGUUUAUGGAAUACUGCAGUUUCUCGGAGGAGGGUAUGUGUGGGGUGAACCGCUGUUCCAGGAUUGUGGAGAACAACUGGAAUAGAGUGGCGAGCGCUGUUGGGGGUCCUUCUAGUGACCACACCAACCUGGGUACCAGCAUGAAUGGGACUGGAUUGUUCAUGUACUCCAGCACAGCUUCAGGGCAGGAGGGGGACUCGGCCUGGCUGGAGAGCAGGAGGAUGACUCCCAGUAGGCUGUGCAAUGUCCAGUGUCUGCAGUUUUACUACUACCACAGUGGGAACCAGUUAGACCAGCUCAACAUCUGGAUCCGAGAAUACCAGGAUGAGAGUGACUCCAGAGGAAUGCUGCGCCUCAUGGGACAGAUCACAGGUCCAGCCUCUAACCACUGGCAGCUGCACCACGUGCCUCUGAAAGCCACCAAAAGCUUCCAGGUGGAGUUUGAGGUGCGUAAAGGAGCAGGAAGUUCUACCGGAGGCUUCGCCAUCGACGACAUCAACCUCUCAGAGACCGAGUGUCCCCAUCUGACCUGGCAGAUCAGGAACUUUGAGAACCGUCUAACAACUAGCAACUUUGGCACUUUUCUGUACAGCCCUCGACUGUACUCUAGUGAAGGAUAUGCGUACCAGAUAGUGGUUCGAUUAUCCAGGAGUUAUUUUGGCACAGCUGUCCGACUGGUGUCUGGUCAGCAUGACGACCAGCUCCAGUGGCCUUGUCCCUGGAGGCAGGUGACCUUCCAGGCUCUGGACCAGAACCCUCAGAUCCAGCUGCAGAUGUCCAAAAGGUUUAGCCUCACCACUGACCCUACAGAGACUGAGGGGGUUAAUGCAACCUUCGUAUGGGACAACCCACGUAAGGUUGGAACACUUUACACUGACGAGAACAAUGAGCAGUUCUAUGGAAACAGUCUGUUUGGAAGAGCAUUCUUCAGCAGGCUGAUUGACAUGAAAACCCAAAACUUCCUCAAGGGCGGCGAUGCCAUCAUCCUUGCAUCCUUCCAAGACAUCUCCCCUCUCCUCCAGAACAAUUCUCUUCCGUGCCCUACACUCCCACCUGUGACGUUUAGCAGCCAGACACCACAGGACCUGGACGAGGGUACAUGUGCCACACGGUUCAUUACCACCACCACUCUGCCCCCUACAACAACCACUGAGACCACUCUGCCCCCUACAACAACCAUUGAGACCACUCUGCCCCCUACAACCAUUGAGACCGCUCUGCCCCCAACAACCAUUGAGACCGCUCUGCCCCCAACAACCAUUGAGACCGCUCUGCCCCCUACAACAACUGAGGAAGAUAACAGUAUCUUUGGCUUCUCUCCUGGUGUGGCGUCUUCCCCUGUGCUGCUGCUACUGACUCUCCUGUUUCUGCUGACUCACUGAUGCGUGUGCCCCGCCACCUCACGGCAUGGAUCGCUGACCUGCAACAGAUAACCUGUUACCUUUGACUAAUGGCCAAAAGAUUUUGUCUAUAAAAACAGAUUGUACC